GCGCAUGCGCAAUGCGCCGCCCGGCUGUGGUUUUUCCGGAGGAGGAAGUGACGCUAACAAGCUGAGCGGCAGGGCCCGGGCAGCGGAAGACGGCGGCCGCCAUCUUUGUUGGGGCCGAUGCCGGCGGAGAAGAUGGCGCUGGACGGGCCCGAGCAGAUGGAGAUGGACGACGGGAAGGGCGGCUCGGGGCUCCGGCAGUAUUACCUGUCCAAGAUCGAGGAGCUGCAGCUCAUCGUGAACGAGAAGAGCCAGAACCUGCGGCGGCUGCAGGCACAGAGGAACGAGCUCAAUGCCAAGGUGCGGCUGCUGCGGGAGGAGCUGCAGCUGCUGCAGGAGCAGGGAUCCUACGUGGGAGAGGUGGUGAGAGCCAUGGACAAGAAGAAGGUGCUGGUCAAGGUGCACCCAGAGGGGAAGUUCGUGGUGGAUGUGGACAAGAACAUUGACAUCAAUGACGUGACCCCCAACUGCCGCGUGGCCCUGCGCAACGACAGCUACACCCUGCACAAGAUUCUGCCCAACAAGGUGGACCCGUUGGUGUCCCUCAUGAUGGUGGAGAAGGUCCCAGACUCCACCUACGAGAUGAUCGGGGGCCUGGACAAGCAGAUCAAGGAGAUCAAGGAGGUCAUCGAGCUGCCCGUGAAGCACCCGGAGCUCUUUGAGGCGCUGGGCAUCGCCCAGCCCAAGGGGGUGCUGCUCUACGGCCCCCCCGGCACGGGGAAGACGCUGCUGGCGCGGGCCGUGGCCCACCACACCGACUGCACCUUCAUCCGCGUCUCCGGCUCCGAGCUGGUGCAGAAGUUCAUCGGGGAAGGGGCCCGCAUGGUGCGGGAGCUGUUCGUGAUGGCGCGGGAGCACGCGCCCUCCAUCAUUUUCAUGGAUGAGAUCGACUCCAUCGGCUCCUCCCGCCUGGAGGGCGGCUCCGGUGGGGACAGUGAGGUGCAGCGCACCAUGCUCGAGCUCCUCAACCAGCUCGAUGGCUUUGAGGCCACCAAGAACAUCAAGGUGAUCAUGGCCACCAACAGGAUCGACAUCCUGGACUCGGCCCUGCUGCGCCCCGGCCGCAUCGACAGGAAAAUCGAAUUCCCCCCUCCCAAUGAGGAGGCCCGCCUGGACAUCCUCAAGAUCCACUCCCGGAAGAUGAAUCUGACCCGGGGCAUCAACCUGCGGAAAAUCGCGGAGCUGAUGCCAGGGGCCUCGGGGGCUGAGGUGAAGGGUGUGUGCACAGAGGCGGGGAUGUAUGCACUGAGGGAGAGGAGAGUGCACGUCACACAGGAGGACUUUGAGAUGGCCGUGGCCAAGGUGAUGCAGAAAGACAGUGAGAAGAACAUGUCUAUCAAGAAGCUGUGGAAGUAAUGAUGAGGCUGGAGCUGCUCCCUCUGUGCUGUCAAUAAAGAGCUAUUGUGGCCAGG